AUGUCUAUUGAUGUCAGUGAAGCCCCCCAUUGUCGUAGGGAAGAGCGUCACGUCCACGUGAGCCGCCUGUGUUUACUGCGGGGCUCCGGCCCACGGAGGGCGCGGGAGGGCGCGGGCGGCGAUGACGCGCGGCCGCUGAGCUCAGCGGAUGACGCACGCGGGGACGCACUUGGGGACCGGGCGGCGGCGGGCAUGCAGCGGGCCACCGAGGGCGCGGGGGGAGCGCGGACGGCGAAGCCGCAGGGGGGCGCCCUUCGCCCUGAUCCUGCCCUGGGCCAGCGGGGCGGGCGGAGGUUGGGCUCCGUGGGCCGGGGGCGGCGACACUCCUCCAAAGCCCGCGUCCGGGGUCGCAGCCACGGCUCGCGGACGGCGAGCAUGGCGCUGGACUUGGCCCCAUACCGCUUUGUCAUACGGGUGCUGCUGGAGGAGACCGGGGAGAUGUUCACCGUGACACACUGCCACGGCGACAUGACGGUGCAGGAGCUCAAGGAGGAGCUGGAUCUGGCAGCCGGCAUCCCCUUGAACCUCCAGCUGCUCCAGUACCUGGACCAAGGAAUUUUGAUGGAUGACACUACCCUGAGGUUUCACGAUGUCGUUCCCGGUGGAAUUAUUUCAUUACAUGUCUGGCGUUAUGAUGGAUGGGCGGACCUGGUUCAGGCAGCGGUGGAAGGGGAUAGCAGUAAGCUCUCCUGCCUGGGAGUGAGCGAGGACUCUCCGUACCGAACAGCCACUCUGCUCUACCUGGGAGAGAAGCAGCGGAAGAAGUGGGUGGCUCAGAGGGCCUUCGUGGCCUUGUACGUCGCCUCGCACAGAGGCCACGUGGAGGCGGUGCAGUAUCUUCUGGAACAAGGAGCCAACUGUCUCGGCCGGUCCCCCAUGGGCAGGACGCCCCUGCACGUGGCUGCACUCACUGGCCAGUCAGACUGUAUCAGCCUCCUGCUCCAGCAUGGGGCCUCCGCCUAUGCCAAGGAUGCCAAGGGGGUGACCCCCAAGGACAUCACCCACCAGCUGGACCACAGGCAGUGUGAGCAGCAGAUGCUCUUGUCCCAGCAGCCAAAGGCGGGGGCAAAGGGCCUCAAGACCUGAGCGAGGCCUCGCAGAGAGGAGAGUCUCCCCGGAGAGGAACACGGCUGAGCUCCCGCUGAGAUGUUUGCUGGUCAAAGCCGAGCCGGGCGACUUCUGAAGCGCUGGGAUCCACAGUGACCCUUGCUGAGCAGGAAGGCAGGAAAACAUGGCAAUUAAUCUGAAUCAGAUAGUAAAUUAUCUGUCUUGGUUGCAGAUGACCCGCGGAGGGAGCUGAUAGAAAUAGGUGAGCCGCCUUCAUUUUGUAACCCAUUACGGCCCUAAGAGGCUCCAUGCCAGCCUUUAAUUUUAAGCUGUUUGCGCGUGGCGCCUGAUAACGCCACUCAGGGUGACGAGAGCCAAUUACCUCGUCCCGCGCCCGGAGGUCGCCUAAUG